AUUUACUUGCUGUUUAUGGAAUACACUUUUCCUCUCUGCUGAUAAAUCCUCUGCGGCCAGUCCCGCCACCAGACUUCUGCACGCGCCACAGCUGAAUGAAAUUCGUGGCAACAUGAGAGAAAGCAAACGGCGUGCGACUCCGGCUAAACACUCCCGUCCCAGUUCUCGAAAAAAGCGUAAGCAUUUCGAUGGCGCAGAGCGACAUGAUCACGAAACUGACAGUAAGAGGCAAAAAUUAGUGUUGAGGACCGAAACCCUAACUCUUAAGCCCCACAACUUGUAUCCGAAUUCGCCAACUUCGAAUAGGUUUCGACCAAUUCACGCUUCGUCCUCUCUAAAGCGUAAUAGGAAGCAUUACCAUAGGAGAAGUUCGAGUGUUGGUGAGUGUAAUCGUAGAUGGGUCUUCUCUGGCGACGAUUUCUCUGCUUACAGAGAUAGGGUCGUUGUUGUGUCAUACAAUGUACUUGGUGUUGAAAAUGCAUUAAAGCACCAAUAUUUGUAUUCUAAAAUCCCACCUGAGUUCUUAGAGUGGGAUAGGCGGAAAGAGCUCAUACGUGAGGAGAUCAAUCAUUAUAAUGCAGGCAUCCUAUGUUUCCAGGAGGUUGAUCGUUUCAAUGAUUUAGAUUAUUUUCUUCAAGAGGAUGGCUAUAGAGGAGUUUACAAGGCCCGCACGGGUGAAGCAUAUGAUGGCUGCGCUAUGUUUUGGAAAGACACAUUAUUUACCCUUUUGCAUGAAGAAAAUAUAGAGUUCCAGAGUUUUGGCCUCCGUAACAAUGUUGCUCAACUUUGUGUUUUAGAGAUGAAUGAAAAUCAAAUGUUGUCUGCCCUGUGUGAGCAAUCAUCAAAGGCAACAGCUACCCAAAGUCGAAGAUUAGUGGUUGGCAAUGUGCAUGUUCUUUUUAACCCGAACCGUGGAGAUAUCAAGCUUGGUCAGGUUCGGCUAUUUCUUGAGAGAGCUUACAAGUUAUCACAAGAAUGGGGCAGCAUUCCUGUUAUAAUUGGUGGAGAUUUAAAUAGCCUUCCUCAGAGUGCCAUAUACCAGUUUUUGGCUUCGUCUGAGCUGGACAUCCUAGUUCAUGACCGCAGAAACAUUUCUGGACAGCUUGAAUACCGACCACAGCACAAAUAUUUCAGAUCCCAGGAUGAGAAUGUGAAGAGAAAUAGCAUGUCCAACUUAAGGCCAUUAAUGCAUGUAUGGAGCGAUGAAGAAUUAAUUCUUGCUACUGGCAGCAAAGAAGUCACUCAUCUCCGUCACCAAUUAAAGCUCUGUAGUGCAUAUCUUGGGAUUCCAGGAAGUCAUAGAUCAAGAGACAAUUAUGGAGAACCAUUAGCGACAUCAUACCACUCCAAGUUUAUGGGAACUGUGGAUUACAUUUGGCACACAGAGGAACUCAUUCCUGUCAGAGUUCUUGAAACCUUACCCGUUGAUAUUUUGAGAAGAUGUGCAGGGCUUCCUAAUGAGAAAUGGGGAAGUGAUCAUCUUGCUCUUGUAUGUGAACUAGCCUUUGCAGACAAAGAGAACAGAACCUGAGUCUUCAACCAAAUUCAAGUCCUUCGCAGGAAUGCAGACAUCAUAAACUGUUCAGCUUCUUUUUUUUAAAUUUUUGGGCAUCCAAAGUUUAUUAAUUUAAUUAUAUUUUAGAUAAUUAGCUGCUACCUUUUGUGAUAGGCUCUGCAACUCUCUAAUAAGAACCCACAGAAUUAAUGUUUAAA